ACAAAAUAGUUGGUUUUUUGCUUUUAAGAAUAUUCACUCAAGUUUUCAGUUGUGUAGUUUAUUACCGGUCACAAGAACCGCGUUUUGUUUUCUUCAGGCUUCUCUUUUGUUUUCUUUCACGUUUGAUUAAUUUUUAAAGAAUUCCUUCAAUUUGUUCCUAACCGAAGCUUUUCCGCUGUCUGCAACCGAUACCAAACUUACACGAUGUCGUUUUUCAUACACAAGUCGAUCUAAAUUGCGCGUUACUGGACGACCAUGCCUACAACAUUUGCACUUUUUACGAAACCAAACGCCGAAGUUGAGUUGAAGAAGCCAGGCUCAGAUUACAAUCCCAAAAACGGCGGGCCUAAUUUAGAUAGCCACCUCAAGACAGAAGCUCCACCGGAGAGGCAGAAGCCAAAAUGGAGACGGAUCAUAGAGAAAGAUCUGCUGAUGUUUUUGAUAAUCAUAGCCGUUGUACUCGGCUUCAUUAUUGGUAUAAGCAUCAAUAAACGGGUGCAGUCUUUGGAGGAACCAGAUAAAACUACAGCUCUCGUGCUUAUUGGAUUCCUUGGUGAACUGUUGAUGAGAAUGCUGAAAUUGUUGAUUCUUCCAUUGAUUGUCUCAAGUUUGAUUGUCGGAAUGGCUGCCCUUGAUCAACAAGCAUCUGGUCGGUUAGGACGAAGAGCCAUUUGUUACUACAUGGGCACUACUAUUUUGGCUGUCAUUCUUGGAAUCAUUCUUGUUUUAAUUAUCAAUCCAGGCGGAAAAGCGGCACCAAAUACAGAAAAAAAGAAACAGAGGGAUGUUAUUCCUCUUGACUCGGUUCUCGAUCUAAUAAGAAAUCUUUUCCCUCCAAACAUCGUUGCAGCGUGCUUUGAGCAGACCAAGUCAGCUGUAAAUAUCAUCACAAAGAAAACUAAUGUGACGGUAAAUGAUGGGAAUAGAAAUUCUUCCAGAGCGGCAGGGAGAACCAUUUUAACAGAAAUAAUCAACAGCUCUUAUACCAAGGAAUAUUACGUAGAUACCAAGAGAACAAGGGUCAGUGGUUCAGUCGGAGUGUCCUCUGGUACAAACGUCCUUGGCCUUGUCGUCUUCUCACUUGCUGUUGGUGUCGUGGUUGGCCGAAUGAAAGGCAAGAAGGAGUCGCGAACGCACGCCACAACGUUUAUCAACUUCGUCAUAGCCCUGAACGAUAUUGUCAUGUAUUUGGUCACUCUUGUCAUGUGGUACUCUCCUAUUGGAAUCUGGAGUUUGAUAACAGCCAAGUUUGCCGCCAUGGAAAACAUUGCAGCUACGUUUGAAAGUCUCGGCAUGUAUAUAGUGACUGUCAUUGUGGGCCUUGCCAUACACUCCUUGAUUGUUCUUCCUGGACUUUACUUCUUGUUUACGCGCAAGAACCCGCUCUCAUUUUUAGAAGGAAUUAUACAGGCUAUGCUGACAGCGUUUGGGACCUCCUCUAGUUCUGCGACCCUGCCUGUCACCUUCCGGUGUCUCGAGGAGAAUAACCAUAUUGACAAAAGAGUGACAAGAUUUGUCCUUCCUAUUGGUGCAACAAUCAACAUGGAUGGAACAGCGCUUUACGAGGCUGUUGCUGCCAUCUUCAUCGCACAAGCAUCAAAUUUUUCUCUCAACUUUGGCCAAAUCGUCAUGAUCAGCUUGACAUCGACUUUUGCCUCGAUUGGAGCAGCUGGAAUUCCUCAAGCUGGUCUCGUUACUAUGUUGAUUGUCCUUCAAACAGUUGGCCUCCCAGAAGACGGAAUCAGCUUGAUCAUCGCUGUUGAUUGGUUCUUGGAUCGUAUACGUACUGCUGUAAAUGUUCUUGGCGAUUCAAUUGGAGCAGGAAUUGUGGACCAUUUGUCAAAGGACGAUCUUGACGACAUGGACCACGACGAUAUGGAGCAAGAUGGUAAAAGUGCAGUAUAUGAGAAUACACAAUGCUAGAUUUGUACCAAUCCUCGCCCCAUUAUUGCAACGGUGACAUUGUUUCAUUAUCAAUUUUUCCUAAUAAAUCGCUUAAUGGCUUUGUUUUAUUGCUUAAGAGGUUAUGAAAACACGAUAGAGUCUCUUAGUUAGGACUACUUUACAAAUUCUGCAUUAAAUACUCUGUAGUGAUUUUAAACUUCAUUUUCCUUGCCACUGUACCUAAUGCAUUUUAUAUUUGUUUUUUUAAAUGCAAUGGCAGUCAUGAGUUUUUGAGAUUGCGGGGCCCUAGGCCAAGAAGAUUUCAGGGACUGUGGGCCCUUGUUCUUUACAAUCUCUAUCUUUUUUCUUAGGUGUGGGGCCCCUUUUGGCUACCAUAAGUGCGGGCCUGGGGCCAUGGCCCCCUGGACCCCCUGAAAACCGCUACUGAGGAUAGUUAUCAAUGAGGGGCGUCCGAGUUGCAGUGCAUGCCAUCGUUUUCGUUGCAUUUUGUGCAAGAGCCCCUUGGUUAUUUUGAUGGCACCACAACUCUGCAACUGUAGGUUAGCUAAGAAUUGGUUGAUAACGGCCAGCCAGAAAAAGCAGGCGGUAUGAAAACAGAGUCAGUGUAGGCUUUGUGUAUGUAAUAUUUGCUUGCACUCUCGUCGUUCAGCCAUAACAACAGUUAAGUUAUGUUAUCGGCCUUCCUCAACAUGGCAGCGGUGGGGAACAGCUAUUUGAUUAAGAUUUCAAUUUGAAUUAUUUGGAUGGCUUCAAAGUGGGCAUUGCAACUUGCAAAUUUAAGUUCUGGUGCUUUUUCCUAUGCAUCAUCUCUUAACCUAGAUACAAUGAUUUAUUCUUAUUGCAAUACGUAUUUCAGCCUGCGUGAACAGGUUUCAUUGCAUGCAACUUAAGCAAGACCAAAGUCGUAAACAAAACAUUUUCCGUCGUAUUGAAUAGCCCUGCGUAGCGAGUAUAGUGUAUUUUUAUUUUGACCGUCGAUGUAUCAUUUUAAGGGUGUUUGUAGUGGUAAAUAUGUAAUUUUGAUCAUUAAGAUUGCAAUGUAAAUUUUUGGUGAUUCGGUUGUAUUCGUGUCGGAGUUGUACAUUGUAUUGGUAAAUGAGGAUGGGGAGCUCCACCUUACGGGCUCUGUGAGUCGUUAAAGGUGCUGCCAGAAAUCAUAUGUUCAUCAAAAUUCAGCUGAUUAGGUGAUUGUUUAAUCACAGCAUAAUCGAUAUAUUUUUGAUCGAAUAUACUUUGUGCAGUAGAUUACUCGUAUGCCUCACACCUAGCACACCCCUGCGUAACAAGCCCGGUUUAAAUUAUCCCUUGUGUGAGAUUCCAGACAAGGAAUCCUUGAUGCCUUUGUCUAUUGUCUAAUGUGUAAAAAUAUCCAAUUUUUGAAAUCUAUCGUAACAGAUUUUACAUCGGGCAAUUUUAGUGGGUAGCGCUAAAAUGAAUAAAAGUGGCCUUCGUUGGCGUUUGUUUACAGUUUUCCGUUAUCUGAUUGGUCAGAGCUCGGGGGUGUGUCUGCUGUAUUAACCAAUCAAAGAUUUGAAGCUCAUGCUCCUUGUGUGAGAUUCCAGACAGGGAAUCCUGAGGUUCAUUGCCCCCAGUCAAUCUAUAGUUCCCUUUUUGGCACAACAUCCCUCCCCUGUCAGUCCAAUGCGAAUUUUCCUGCCCCAGUCAAAUUUACCUGCUAUCCCUUAUGACGAAAUAACUCGCCAGGCUUGUUACACAGAGAUGUCCUAUCUUCACCUAGAUUUAGCUUCCAUUGCAAGUAGAAAUCAGAUUGUGGUUCACAAAGGAAAGGUACUUGAAGAACAGCAAGUUACUCUUUGAUUUUUAUCAUCUGGGUUUGAAAUUUAGAUCAAACCAGUCAAGAGUCAGAUAGUGUGAUUUUUGACAGCAGUAGUCCAAGAUUCAAUAUUUAACAAAAAUUUCGAUUUUUCGACGAACUGAUUUUGUUAAAAUUAUAGUCAAAACGCGCAUUGUUGAAAACCUGUUGUUAACUUUUCAUCUUGUUUUGCCAAAAUACUUGCCACUUUUGUAUAUUUUUUAAUUGGGGUGUCUCCUAAAGUAUCCAUGGUUGUAGUAAAAUGUUUUAAGUAGUCUCCUUGUUUCAAGCCGAGAAAAGCUGCGAUUUUUUGCUCAAUUUAGCUUCAAAUAUGCUUAGAAUAUUUAAGAAGAAAGCCUUCUUAUCAAA